UUUCCGGCGAGCGCGGCGGGCUGUGGCGACUCCCUCCUCCCCUGCGGCCCCGUCCGCCGUCUCCGCGGCUCCAGGUGGGCCUCGCCGCAACCCCGAGCUGCGCCCGUGCUCUGCGCUGCUCUGCCGCGGCCUCCCGGAGGCUUGCAGCCUCGGCCCGCCUCCGCAUCCCCUGCAGCGGGGACGGCGGCGGGCACCGUCCUGGCCCUCCCGGGCGCGCGCGCUUGGCCUCGCCGGCGCCUGCUGUGGCGCGCACGGCCCUGGAUCACGCGGGCCGCCGGCUUGCGCCCAGUCCGCCGUGUUUCUCAGGCCUCUCCCAGGUGCACCCGGGACCGUGGAGCGCACGCCGGGGCCGCAGCGCCCAGGCCGUCCCAGGGAGAGCCUGGCCGGGGUCGCAAACAGGGCGCAGUGUCUGCGCGGCGGCAGGGCGCUGGCCCCCGACCCCGCUAGAGUGGGGAGGGGACUGAUUUUGUGGCGACUCAGGCUGCCAAGCCCUUUUCCAGCCCUGCUUGUAUCCACCGCGGAACUGGGCGACACAGUGGGGACUGGCGGAUGAGGAGUCCUUGCGUCUCAGAUGCAUUUGGCUCGGAGCUCUGUCACAGCGUUGCGCAUGUCACCGCUGUGGCCCUGUGGACCCCAGGUUUCGUCUCGUCAUUUGUCAGAGUUUGCCGUCUUCCUCCUCUGUUGCUAGGCCUGUGGAAAUCCCAUCAAGGGAUUGGAGCCUGGAGAGCGCCAGCUGUUCUGGCUGGAGAAAAGCAGCACAGCGCCAACGCUGCCAACCGCUGGACCCAGCUGGACCGUCCGCUGCUGCGAGCCCCUUGCAAGAGGACGGACACCAGAAAGACUUUCUGCCAGGCUGGGAGGUCGUGCUUUGAUGCACCAGCAGCCGCCUCCAUCCGGUUUAUGCAAGCGGGUUUGGAGGCUGCUAUGUUAACGCUGCUUGCCUUUGGAGCGUUACUGCAUGAAGUCUCUCUGAGUGGUCCAGAUGAGGCUGCCCCUGAGACCCACGGGGCUCCAGGUGAACCCCUGUUCGACUAUGCCAGUUUGCGCCUGCACCAGGAGCACAUUCCCCGCUUCUUGCACAACAACAGGCAUAUCGCCACUAUCUGCGAGAAGGACGCACACUGUCCAUAUAAGGAACACUUGGAGAAUCUGAACUACUGCUGGGGUUACGAGAAGACCUGCCAGCCAGAGUUCAGGUUUGGUUACCCUGUUUGCAGCCUGGGAUGGACGGACUCGCUGGAGGCGGCCCAGGACAUGUUCUGGAAGCAGGCCGACUUCGGGUUUGCCCGGGAGCGGCUGGAGGAGGUGCGCGUGUUGUGCCGGCCAGAGAGCACGAGCGACUCGAGUCUGAUGUGUUCCCGUUACCUUCAGUAUUGCAAAGCGACCAACCUCUACCUUGACUUCAGAAGCAUCAAGAGGGAUGACGAAAGAUUCAGGGAAGAUUUUUUCCAGAGAGGUGAAAUCGGAGGACACUGUGAACUUGACAUUGACUCAUUGAUGUCUGAAGGUCAACGCAAAAGCCCUCUGCAGUCUUGGUUUGCAGAGCUACAGACCUAUACUCAGCUCAACUUCAGACCCAUAGAGGAUGGUAAAUGUGACAUUGUUAUUGAAAAACCAACGUAUUUCAUGAAACUAGAUGCAGGUAUCAACAUGUAUCACCACUUCUGCGACUUUAUCAAUCUCUACAUCACUCAGCACGUGAACAACUCCUUCAGCACCGACGUGUACGUCGUGAUGUGGGACACGAGCUCCUCUGGGUACCGGGACCUGUUCUCCGAGACCUGGAAGGCCUUCACAGACUAUAACGUCAUACACUUGAAGACCUACGAUUCCAGAAGGGUCUGCUUCAGAGACGCGGUCUUCUCGCUGCCGCCCCGCAUGCAGUACGGGCUGUUCUACAACACGCCCCUGAUCUCGGGCUGCCAGCACACCGGGCUCUUCAGGGCCUUCUCCCAGCACCUGCUGCACCGGCUGCACAUCAGGCAAGAGGGCCCCCAGGAUGGGAAGCUUCGAGUCACCAUUCUUUCCCGGAGCACGGGCUACCGUAAGAUACUGAACCAAGACGAGCUUGCGAGUAAACUGAGGACAGUGCCCAUGUUUGAAGUCCGGCUCGUGGAUUACAAGUACGGAAAGUUCAGGUUUUUAGACCAGCUGCGGUUCACGCACAACACGGACAUCUUCAUCGGGAUGCACGGCGCUGGCCUCACCCACCUGCUCUUCCUCCCAGACUGGGCUGUCGUGUUUGAACUAUACAACUGUGAAGAUGAACGCUGUUACUUAGACCUGGCCCGGCUGAGGGGCAUCCACUACAUCACUUGGCAAAAGAUGGACAAAAUCUUUCGUCCCGAGAAGAGCGACCACCCGACUCUGGCAGAUCACGAGAAGUUUAACAAUUACUCUUUCGACGCAGAAGAAUUCUUGCGUCUUGUCCUUCAGGCUGCAGACCACGUACUGCACCACCCCAAGUGGCCGUUUCAGAAGACUCACGAUGAGCUGUGAAUGUGGCGAGCCUGUGGGCAAGAAGAGGGUCACACAGCCCUCCUCCCGAGGUGCCAGCUGGCAAAACAGCCAGUCUCUUCCCAGCGCCACGCGACCUCUUCCAGACCAAACGCACUUUGAGGACGUUUGUGUUUUGUAGUCUCCGUUUCAUGUGUUCAUUGUGUCAUUGCUACAAUAGCAAUACUUUUGCACUGAAAGAUGUACUUUUUAUGGUUUAAAACUGGGUAAUUGAGCUUUCUUCUUAGGGAUACCAAAGUUUUCAAUUUUCUCAGCUUUACAGAUUUGUAAACGUUUUUGUAAAAUAGCUUCUGAUUGUAACUGCAGACUAUUCUGACCUGUUGGUAUUUGAGUAAAUUAAGAACGGCUCUUUUACUGGCCGUGAUCUCUUCAUCAUGCUGUCAGGAAAGGACACACACACACACACACACACACACACACACACACGCCGCGAUUUCCAGUCCAGUCUACAGGACCGUCUUGCAGAUGAGCGUCUAGCCUGCUGCAGGCUGUGGGCAUCGAGAGCCGAGUGUGCCUCUGUGUUAACACGGACUCAGACGUUGCAUAUUGCGAUCAUGUUUUCCCCACGCGUGACAACUCCACGUGACAAACCCAGUCAGUCCCUCGGGGCUGGUUUGCACCGACUCCUGUGGAGCAUCAGGUUGAAUUUGCAGGGCCUGGUCUCUGCCAUGCAGGUGUCUGUGGCUGCGUAAGUGUGCACAUCUACCGGGAUCAGUGGCGAGGGCCCCAGUCUUUGUACAGAUCUCAGUGGCCAGAGGGAGAUGUUCCCCUAACAAAGUAAGACAAGAAAAAGGUGAAUGUGAAUUUUCCAAUCAAGUGAAAUCCAUAAAAAGUGCCAUCAAUUAAAAAGAAUGCCAGAAUGCAUUUCUACCCCUUGAAUUGACUAAUGGCUUCCUGUUUGUGAACUAUGCAUUUAGCUGUCGGAAGCCAUGGAUUUUUUUUGUACCACAGAAUGUGAGGUUCACAUUUAUUAACACUUGAGUCAUCUAAUUGGAGAAUAGUUACUUCUCUCUCAUUUUUUUUGGUGCUGGGGAUUGAACUCAGGGGCACUCAACCACUGAGCCACAUCGCCAGCCCUAUUUGCAUUUUUUAUUUAGAGACAGGGUCUCACUGAGUUGCUUGCUGUUGCUGAGGCUGGCUUUGAACUGGUGAUCCUCCUGUCUGAGCCUCCCAAGCUGCUGGGAUUACAGGUGUGCCCGGCUACUUUUGUUUUUUAAAAGUGGGGGUUAGCAAAUUGCAACAAAACUAAAGAUUUUUUUUUUUUUUUUAAAUUUAGAGUUGUUAAAAAAAAAAAAAGAACAUGCAACACAAGAGUGAUACCCAAACAAAAUAUCUGUAUCUGAACCUUCCCAGAAGUUGGCUGAAGCUUCCUUUAAAGGACUGUGACGGGCUUCUAGAGUAGUCAUCGUUACUAAAAUAUCUGUGGAGAAAAUUGUGACUCUCUGUGGCGAAAGCUCCUGUUUGGUUUUGAAAUUGUAUAAAAGGAAGGAGAACAUCGAGCCUUCUUAAGUGACAGGGAUUGCCACUCUUCCUUGCAGAGGGCACCGAGUCCCCCUGCAGGGAUUUUCCAGGCCCUGCUGUGCCCGAGUCUGAACCCGAGCUUCAGCAUUUAUCUUCUUACCGCCCUUUAAGAACGGGUGGACACGGGACUCAGACUACCGAGAAUUUCAGAAACCCUGCACAAUUCCACAAUAAAACUCUGGAUAUUUAGCAUUUAGAAUCCAUUUUAUACAAGCAAGAAUGUACUUUUCACACUUUUAUUAUGAAAUUAACUUCCACGAGACUUUUAGGUGGGACAAAAGCAGGUCUUCAAUUUGUUAUAGUAUUUAAAAUGUCAAGCCUGACUUUGUUCUUCGUUAUGAAUUCGAAGGGGGUGCAUUUCAUUGUACAUUUGGGGUAUGGCUUUGGAAUAAAUUUUCUUAUAUUUCAAUUAAAUAGCUGAACUCUU